GAGAACAGAUGGAAAUUUUGUAAAAAUAAAUUUCACAACGGUUGGAAAUAGACAAAGUCAUGGCUGAGAAACAAGAGGGGGUACUUCCCACAGAACAUAAAGGUGGGAAAUCAAUUCCUGCUGAGAAACUUGAUAAAAAGGCUAAGAAAGAUAAGAAAGUUAAGAAAGAUGGAAAGGAGGGACAUCAAAAGGAUAAGGCUGACAAAGUCGACCCCAAUCAACCUCAGAAAAGUAAAGCAGAACUCAAGGCAGAAAGACGUGCAAAACAAGAAGCUCAACGAGCUGCCAAACAAGAGAAAAUGGAAGCUGCUGGAGCAGGAAGUAAAAAGGAUGCUCCUUCAUCCUCCUCAGGAAAAGAAUCCUCUGCAGCUUCCGCUGUUAAAAAGGAACCUAAGAGAGUCCCUGAUCAUCUGAAAGCUGACGAUGCAGAAACUCAGAAAAGAGUCGCAAAAAAGCUUGAAAAACAGCGUCUCCCUCAGCGGACUGUUGCUCAGCGUAAAGUUCGUCUUUUUAACCACCUCCAUCAGUACGAAAGAGAAGUCUCUCUGACACAAUCAUUUUCUUUUUCCUCUGUGGGUAUACAUCCUGUUAUCAUCAAACUGGGACUGCAGUAUGCAGAGGGAGUUAUAUGUGGGUCUAAUGCUCGUUGUCUGGCCAUGUUGGCAGCAUUCAAACAGGUUAUUCAAGACUAUACAACUCCACCUCAAAAAGAACUUUCAAGAGAUCUAGAAGCCAAGCUAAAGCCAUGCAUCACCUUCCUGAACCAGUGUCGCUUGAUGUCAGUCAGCAUGGGAAAUGCUGUCAAACAUCUGAAACACCACAUCACACACAUGCCCAAUAAUCUACAGGAUCGUGAGGCUAAAGACAGACUACUGGAUACUAUUGAUAAUUAUAUAAAGGAGAGAAUUCUUCUCUCAGCGGAAGCAAUUUCAAAGUAUGUCAAGGAUGAGGAGAAGAUAAAAACUGAUGAUGUUAUCCUUGUGUAUUCGUGUUCUUCAAUUGUUCGUAGAGUGCUCUGUGAUGCUUGGAAUCAAGGAAAGAAAUUCAAGGUCAUCGUUGUAGAUGCUAGACCAAAAAUGGAAGGUAAGGAGAUGUUAAGGAGACUUGUGAGAGCUGGUAUUCCAUGCUCUUACAUCAUGAUCAAUGCUGCUUCAUACGCAAUGCAAGAGGCAACUAAGGUGAUGCUAGGUGCGCAUGCCCUGCUGGCUAAUGGCUGUGUCAUGUCUAGAGUAGGAACCUCUCAGAUAGCACUUAUAGCAAAAGCUUGUAAUGUACCAGUCCUAGUGUGCUGUGAGACAUACAAGUUUUGUGAGCGAGGGCAGACUGACUCCUUUGUUUAUAAUGAAUUGGGUGACCCUGAUGACCUGGUAUCCAUUGGAAACAAGACUCCCUAUCUGAAUGACUGGAGAGACUACAGCCCCCUGACCCUGCUUAACCUUGUGUAUGAUGUGACCCCUCCAGAGUUCAUCUCCUUGGUGAUAACUGAACUUGGACUUAUUCCCUGUACCUCUGUUCCUGUUGUGCUCCGUAUGAAGCAAGCAGAAACAAAUGAAACCUGAGAAUUACAAAUUAAAAUUAUGUUACAGUCAUAAACUUUUGUUUUCAUUUACAGAUUGUAAUACAUGUAUAUUUAAUGCAUUCAAAUUUAUUUGACUGAUUUGUUUUGAAAAUAUUAAACCCCAAGAUCAACUUUUACAAUGAUUAUUGCAAGGUUACACUAUUUAACGAAAUAAGGCAUACUGGGUCCUACUUUGUGAGUUGUCUAACUUUCAGUAAUUGAGGAUUUCCAUAUAAAUUACAAAUUCUGUUUUGUUUUUAUAAGCAAUUACAGAUCACAUUUUCAGAAUGCUGGAAAAAAUAAAACUAAUAAAUACCCAGCUUUUCAUGUACUCUCAGUUAUAACAUGGGUCUGAAGCAGUUUAUAAUUGUGAAUCUAGUAAUCAAAUUGAACAUCAUAAUAAAUAACCAGCUUUUCAUGUACUCUCAGUUAUAACAUGGGUCUGAAGCAGUUUAUAAUUGUGAAUCUAGUAAUCAAAUUGAACAUCAUAAUAAAUAACCAGCUUUUCAUGUACUCUCAGUUAUAACAUGGGUCUGAAGCAGUUUAUAAUUGUGAAUCUAGUAAUCAAAUUGAACAUCAUAAUAAAUAACCAGCUUUUCAUGUACUCUCAGUUAUAACAUGGGUCUGAAGCAGUUUAUAAUUGUGAAUCUAGUAAUCAAAUUGAACAUCAUAAUAAAUAACCAGCUUUUCAUGUACUCUCAGUUAUAACAUGGGUCUGAAGCAGUUUAUAAUUGUGAAUCUAGUAAUCAAAUUGAACAUCAUAAUAAAUAACCAGCUUUUCAUGUACUCUCAGUUAUAACAUGGGUCUGAAGCAGUUUAUAAUUGUGAAUCUAGUAAUCAAAUUGAACAUCAUAAUAAAUAACCAGCUUUUCAUGUACUCUCAGUUAUAACAUGGGUCUGAAGCAGUUUAUAAUUGUGAAUCUAGUAAUCAAAUUGAACAUCAUAAUAAAUAACCAGCUUUU